UGUUUGAAGAAAGGGCACAUUCAACUCAACCAUGCACUGCAUUUCGCUUAUUUUCAUCAGUUGUUUUCUCAAUAUCGCGCUCGGCGAAAGCGUGGACGAGGAUAAUGUUCGUCCUGAGAAUUUUGAGGAGAGACUCAGUCGAUUAGAGGAACUCGUUGACAUUCAGUCACAAACCAUUACGGAUCUACGGGAAGAUAAUACAAACCUGAGGGAGACAUGUCUCAACUCUUCUCUUGUGAUGGAAUCGCACCAUAUAUCUAAAAGAUACAGUAAUGAACAGGUUGCAUUUUACGCCUACCUCAGCCAGGGUAAAUGCUUCAGUGAACACGAGACGUUCAUUUUCAACACUGAGUUGCUAGACAGUGCUAACAGCUACUCAACCCAUGUUGGCGUUUUCAUCACCCCAGUCACUGGGGUCUACGCUUUCUCGUUCAAUGUUGUUUCUGCAUGGCUCGAACAUACUCAGGCUGAGCUGAUGGUUAACGGACAUGUGAAGGCCAGAGUGUUUGCAGACUCUGAUACUGUUAAAGAUGUUCACACUGCUUCAAACACGGUCGUCCUUGCACUACAGAUCAAUGACCAUGUCUACGUUAGACGGGGGAGUAAUGCUUUUUGUACCGUUGUUAGUUUAGAGACAGCACAAUGGACGUAUUUCGCCGGCUGGCGGGUUUUCUAGCGAGCCAUUCAAAUGAUUUGAUCCCUUCGUUAUCUGAUUUAAUGAAAUCGUUCUCCCGAUUGUGUUGUGUUAUGGAGUAUUAAAAAAAUAAUGUCUCAAAUUUCAGCAUUUUUUUGUAUAUUUACAAAAAUUAAAAUAUGAUUCUUUCGUUACUGUGAAUACAGAUAGUGAUAUUAAGAUCCCUAUAUCAGGUGGAAUAAUUCAACUAUUUGUGAUUCAUUGCAGCAGUUCAAUAAUUAUUCUAGUAAAUGUAUGCCUGUGCUAUAGAACUCCCUUCCCGAAGAAUAAUGCUCUAGCACAAUUUUUAAUCAGUUUAAAAGUUUAAUGACAAAUUGGAAUGGUAAAGAAUGUAAAUGUGUUGCUUGUUCACGGGCCUAAACAACAUAGCACAGGUAUACCUUUUUCUGACCUGUAGUAUGUUAAAUGCAUAAUCUGUUCUUUUUCUGUGUACUUGCAUUUUAACUGUGUUGUUUGUAUUGCUCUGUAGUAUCGCCUUACUUGGCAUUGUUUUGUAAUCUUACAUUAUUUUGCAUAGUUAAGCUUUUGUAUUACUGCUUUAUUUUGCAGUGUGUUGCUUGCGUUAUUUUGCCUUUUGGUUAGCUGCUUAAGAAAAUAUCAUGCAUGUCUGUUUAUCUGGUAUAACCUGGAUACCUGUAACCUAGCAUUAUUUGGAUUUUCUGUGUCUUUUGCUUAGCUGCUUAAGAAAUAUCAUGCAUGUCUGUUUAUCUUGAAUAACCUGGAUACCUGUAACCUAGCAUUAAUGUGAUUUUCUGUGUGCCAUGUCAGUAAUAAUAUAAUAUUUAAUAAUUUAUACCAAAUGAUUCAGUUUUAUUUACUCUGAGUAACAUGCUAAUCAGGUCACUUCAAAUCUGAUUUGAGCUGAUAUUUUGAUUUCUUAUGCCAUUUUUUAAACAAACACACUUGUGUCAUUUACAUUUUUUGUCUUGUACUAAUGUCUUUUAAGCUCUUUUAAACCUCUUUUGGUAAGAUCAGCAUGUCUCCCAUGGUUUUUAUGCUGUGAUUAUGUAAGUUUUACUCUCUUGUCGCUGCUUUAUAUGUUAUCCAUAUACAUUUGUUACGUUGGUUAUCUAAGCUCAUCAGAGCUUAUGUUGUCUGUAUAUCUAUCUUGCCGAAUUUAAAUAAAUCUUAUCCUUUUUUUAUCUUAUAGUUUGCUUAUGGGGCUGGACAUAUUAUUCUGAACGGUGUUGCAACAUCAUCAUUUUUUGGCAAUAAUUUACUUGUAGUAUUUUUAUUUUUUCAUUUGAUAGAAAACUAUAAAUACUUUGCAAUAUUAUAUGUCUAUUGCAUAUUUAUUUUACAAAUGUUCUUUUGUUCGUAACAGAUCUACCACGUCAAAAGUUCAUGUUCAAAAUAUAUAUCGUUAAUGCUUAUCGCCUUAAGCGCAUUUUGUUGUCAAUAUGUCUUAUUUCUAAUACACAGUAUGUUAUGUAAUAUUAACUAAUAAGUAGCUCUAUGACAGUCACGUGAUAGAUACUCACCAAAAUAUAAAGAAAAGGGACACUCGAUUUUAAACAUCUCUCUAAGGAAAUCCUACCUUAUGUAUCUUUUCUCAUUUAUGUGUUUUAAAAGGAAUAAUAUUGCACUUUUGGUUAUUUGGUAUCAUCACAAAAUAUAAUAAAAUACUUUACUGGAG